AUGCCGCCGCAGGAGAAGCCGCAGCCGCGCUCGCCUCAAGAGCGCCGCCCAAGUCGUCCCCGUCCCACCGGCGGCAUGUACUACUCCGACGACAUGGAGGCGUUCUACGACGCCUGGGUGGGCCGGGAGGAGCAGAUCGUGGCCGACCUCACGGCGGCGCUCGCGCUCCCGCCCCGGCGCCGGAGCGACGCGCUGGCGCCGCUCGUGGACGCCGCCGUCGCGCACGUCGCCGCCUAUUACGAGCACAAGUCCCGGCUGGCCGACCGCGACGUCGUGGCCGCGCUGGACCCGCGCUGGCUCAACCCGCUCGAGCGCACCUUCCUGUGGGCCUGGGGAUGGAAGCCCGCGCUCAUGUUCCGCUUCGUGGAGACCGGCGGCGUCGGCGCGGGGAUCGGCGUGGGACCCGAGCAGCGGCGCGCGCUGGAGGAGCUCCGCGCCGCCACGGCGGCCGCGGAGCGGGAGGUGGACCUGCAGGUGGCGGCCGUGCAGGAGUCGCUGGCGGGGCCACGGGCGCUGGCCGCGCUGCGCAGGCAGCCCCCGCGGAACGGCGAGGCGGACGAGGCCGUCGCCGCCGUCGGGCGCUCGCUGCGCGUGCUGCUGGCCGCGGCCGACGCGCUAAGGGACCGCACGCUGCGCGCCGUCGUCGGGCUGCUCGCGCCGGACCAGGCCGGCGCGAUCGUCGCGGCCAUGCUCAGGUUCCACCUCGGCGUCCGCCGCGCGGGCCGCGACUGGACCUCCGGCCACGGCGGCCAGCGGCGCGUCUAG